CCCACCCCACCCCGACCUCCCACCCCUCGGAAAUGCGGGGACUGCGCGACGGCGCAUGGGUUGCGCUGUGUCUCCUCUGCUGCUGCUGCUGGGCGCACAGCCCCUCCACUGGCAACAUAUCGGUGGUCAAGGACAUUGUGGACAAGCUCCUCAAAGGCUAUGAUGUCCGCCUGCGGCCCGAUUUUGGAGGGAACCCUGUGGUGGUGGGGAUGAGCAUCCACAUCUCGAGCAUUGACCAGAUUUCUGAAGUCAACAUGGACUAUACCAUAACCAUGUACUUCCAGCAGAGCUGGCGGGACAAGCGGCUUGCCUACGGCGAUCUGCCGUUCAACCUGACACUCGACAACCGAGUCGCCGACCAGCUCUGGCUCCCAGACACCUACUUUCUUAAUGACAAAAAGUCCUUCCUGCAUGGGGUCACCGUCAAGAACCGCAUGAUCCGCUUGCACCCAGAUGGCACUGUCCUCUACGGCCUGAGGAUCACGACAACUGCCGCCUGUAUGAUGGAUCUCCGGAGAUACCCCCUGGAUCAGCAGAAUUGCACCCUGGAAAUUGAGAGCUAUGGCUACACUGUUGACGACAUUGUCUUCUUCUGGCAAGGAAACUCUUCGGCUGUGACGGGGAUGGAGGUCUUGGAGUUGCCCCAGUUCACCAUCAUCGAGCAGAAGCUGGUCACCCGUGAGGUGGUCUUCACCACUGGCUCCUACCUCCGCCUGUCGCUCAGCUUCCGCAUCAAGAGGAACAUCGGCUACUUCAUCCUGCAGACCUAUAUGCCCUCCAUCCUCAUCACCAUCCUCUCCUGGGUCUCCUUCUGGAUCAACUACGAUGCUUCAGCCGCCCGGGUGGCCCUAGGGGUGACGACCGUCCUCACCAUGACGACCAUCAACACCCACCUCCGGGAGACGCUGCCCAAGAUCCCAUACGUCAAGGCAAUUGAUGUCUACCUGAUGGGCUGCUUUGUCUUCGUCUUCCUGGCGCUGCUGGAAUAUGCCCUGGUGAACUACAUUUUCUUUGGGCGAGGGCCCCGCCAGCAGAAGAGACGCGCCCGGCGCCUGGAGCCCCGGACUCAGCCCGACCCAUACGGCAACCUCCUCCUAGCCGGCGUCUCCGACAGCAACUGCCCGCUCUUCUCCACGUCACCCUCGCCAGACCCGCGCCCCUGUGGCCUGCGCGGGUUCGAAUCUUCAGGCACCGCCCUUCACUCCCGGAAGGCACCCGCCUGCCGCACCGCCCGGGCCAACUGCCGCCUGCGCCGGAGGUCCUCCAAGCUGAAGCUGAAGAUCCCCGACCUGGCCGACGUCAGCACCAUUGACAAGUGGUCCCGGGUUCUAUUCCCCAUCACCUUCGGCUUCUUCAACCUUCUCUACUGGUUGUACUAUGUCAACUGACGUCCAACAGGGAGAGCUCCAGGCGCCGGGUUCAGGUUCUGCCCCCACUCCUACCCCAGCCUUGCCUCCUCUCCGCUUCCCAUUUGUUCUGUCCCUUCACAGUCCCUUCCUCUUCCCUUAAGAGUCACUUCCUGUACACUCUCAGGCACUUCCUGUUCCCUUACAGGCCCUCCUGUUCUCUCACCACCCCUUCCUGUUUUCAAAUAGCCCCUUCCGGUUUUAGCCCUGUCCCUUCCUGUUCCCUUCAAUUCACUUCCUCUUUGCUCUCAGGCACUUCCAGUUCCCCCUCUCCCUCAGAGUACCUUCCUGUUCUCUCACAGCCACUUCUGUUCCCUCUCAGGGACUUCCUGUUUCCUCAUAGUCCCUUUCAUCUCCUUCACAGUCCCUUCCUGUUCUCUCCCAGUCCCUUCUUAUUCUCUCUGAGUCCCUUCCUGUUCCCUUAAAGUCCCUUUCAUUUCUCCCUCACAGCCACUUCCUGUUCCCUCUCAGGGACUUCCUGUUCUCUCACAGUCCCUGCUUAUUCUCUCUCAGUCCCUUCCUGUUCUCUUAAAACUUCCUUCCUGUUCCCUCACAGCGCCUUUCUGUCCCUUCCCCUCUCCUUCCCUCCCCACUUCCUGUCCCCUUGCAGCCACUUCCUGUCCCCAAACCAGCCAUGGAGAACCCACCGUUUCGAGUAACGGGAAACGAGGAACAAGCCACGCCUCCCAACUUCCAGUACUUUCUCUUCCUCCUCCUCCUUGGACCGGCUGGGCUUCCUUCCCACCGGCCACUUCCCUUCCGUUGCUUCUGCCAUUACAGGUUCCGGUGGACGGACUUUUCCGGAACCGACUUGAACCGAGUUUACAGUUUUCUACCUAGCGACCGACCGACCAAUGGGAUCUCUCCGUUCUCACAUUUUGGGUUUUUCCCCCCUUGUUGUUCUGGGAGGGAUUUGGGGAAAGUGCUCCUGAGCGUGUGCAGAGUUCCUUUCCCCCCCUAAGCAAUGUACAUGAACCUUAAAAAAACACAUUUUGGAAACUGUUCAAUAUCCGUCGGUUGGGAAUCUUUCUCGUCUUUUUUUUUCCCUUAUAAAAUCGGGAGAAUUUCACUUUAAAUAUACGGCCUUGGAAGAAAAACAACAA